CCCAUCGCACCAAUACAACCAUCACCUUCGCCAGCACCAAGACCUACUACUAAGCCGUGGCCUCCGUUUUGUCGGCGAGUGGGCAGCAAUGUUUGCAUCAAUAACCCUCAGCUACCCCAGAUAGGCGCAUGUCAAGGCGCUUGCAACAACUUAAGCUUCUCUUCCCGUCUGAUCUCUGGAAACCAAAGCUUGUUUGGGGACCACAGCGGAACGGGAGGCCUGGCUCCUCUUCGGCCGCCUGUUCAUUCUCAGCCCUGGCUUCCAUGUCGAACCAUAUAGUAUACGGUAGUAUGAAUGGUGAUAAGAACUACUUACCUAUCACAGGACUAAAGCCCGGCUAUCAACUUCGCUUUUCGGGACGAUUCUGCAGUCUGGCGAGCGGGGGUCGUCCUCCUUGUGCCUAUCUAUACCACAGUUGGCAAGGAUUCACAUUGUGCGUGGGAGGCAGGUUUUGGCCUCUACUACCUAGCACUCGAUCCCUCAGCGGAAAGUCAUCCGUGCCAGCCUCACUAGUGCCAGUACGUAGCUGUAAGCAAAAUCCACGUGUGGCCGCCACGGUCGCACACCUUGGAUGUCUUCCAGUUGGACACAUGCAGACGAAUAUGCGCCAAGAUGCAUUGCAAGCGAUUGUGUGGUAGAUUUUCUUAUCUGCGUUGACUACCUACGAAGUAGGUAUGCCAUGCGUCCGCUCAUGCUGCGGAGAAGAGAAAAGCAAAAAAACGGUCAGCAACAAGUCGUCUCGUUCCGCCAUUUCGGUAGAGCACCACAUAAGUUACCUCAACGGGCACAGCUUCACCUGCCGAUCUUUGGCUAGAGUAGGUACCAUAUUAGUUACCUACAGUAGUUGGUGGGUUCACAAUAUCUAUCU